GUGGCUCACUUAAUUAAUUGGCACAAUACAAACACCAACCUUGACCAAAUUCAACUUCACUCCACCACCACUGCCUUCUCCACAAAUAUCAAAACACAAGAAGCAGCAUCUCAAGUCUCAACAUAACAUAACAUUUCCAUUCACCGACUCAGAGAGAGAGCGAGAGAUGCCGGAGGAAACGACGUCGAUCGACUAUGUCAUGGAGGCAGCCUCGGGGCCACACUUCUCCGGUCUCCGCCUCGACGGCCUCCUCUCCUCCCCGCCCUCCUCCUCUACCUCCUCUCCCGCCCAUCGCUUCUCCUCCGCACCCGAUCUUUCCUCCGCCCUAUCCCCCGAUUCUCUCAACCAGCCCUUCGUUAUUGGUGUUUCUGGAGGUACUGCUUCUGGGAAGACCACUGUCUGUGACAUGAUCAUUCAGCAGCUUCAUGAUCACCGCGUUGUUCUUGUCAAUCAGGAUUCAUUUUACCGUGGUUUGAGACCUGAAGAGUUGGAAAGAGUUCACGAGUACAAUUUUGAUCAUCCAGAUGCCUUCGACACCGAACAGCUAUUAGAGUGCAUGAGAAAGCUUAUUGCUGGCCAGAGUGUGCAGGUGCCAAUUUAUGACUUUAAGAAGCACCAACGGUGUUCAGAUAGUUUUCGGCAGGUCAAUGCUUCUGAUGUCAUUAUAUUGGAGGGAAUUCUUGUAUUCCAUGAUCAGGAUGUCCGGGAUUUAAUGAACAUGAAGAUCUUUGUUGACACAGAUGCUGAUGUGAGACUAGCUCGUAGGAUUAGACGUGACACAGUGGAGCGAGGGAGGGACAUAAACUCUGUUCUUGAACAGUACGCAAAGUUUGUUAAGCCUGCCUUUGAUGAUUUUGUUCUACCGUCAAAGAAGUAUGCUGAUGUGAUCAUUCCUCGGGGAGGUGAUAAUCAUGUUGCCAUUGAUUUGAUCGUGCAACAUAUCCGCACAAAGCUUGGUCAGCAUGAUCUGUGCAAAAUAUAUCCAAAUGUUUAUGUUAUUCAAUCAACAUUUCAGAUAAGGGGGAUGCAUACAUUGAUUCGUGACAAAGACAUAUCAAAGCAUGAUUUCGUAUUUUAUUCUGAUCGGCUUAUUCGUCUGGUUGUUGAGCAUGGUCUUGGUCAUCUCCCAUUCACCGAAAAGCAAGUCGUUACUCCAACAGGAUCUGUCUACACUGGUGUUGAUUUCUGCAAGAAACUAUGUGGUGUUUCAAUUGUUCGAAGUGGUGAGAGCAUGGAGAAUGCACUUCGUGCAUGUUGUAAGGGCAUUAAAAUAGGGAAAAUUCUGAUUCAUCGGGAUGGAGACGAUGGACAACAGCUUAUAUAUGAGAAGCUUCCCAAGGAUAUUUCAGAACGGCAUGUCUUGCUUCUCGAUCCUGUCCUUGCUACAGGUAACUCCGCCAACCAAGCAAUUGAGUUACUCAUUCAGAAAGGAGUUCCAGAGUCCCACAUUAUAUUCCUGAAUCUCAUUUCUGCUCCUGAGGGGAUCCAUUGUGUGUGUAAACGGUUUCCCUCACUGAAAAUUGUCACAUCUGAGAUUGAUGCCGCCUUAAACGAUGAGUUUCGGGUUAUCCCUGGAUUGGGCGAGUUUGGGGAUCGCUACUUUGGUACAGAUGAUUGAUCCUACAGGCUAAGUGUAACCUGAUCUAUUUGGGUAGGCUGCGUAGCCAUAAGAAAUGAAAAGGAGAACAAUGCAUUGUAAUGAGAUAUACAAGAUUCAGAAGCCGACUUUGUCUAUGAUUUGGUGCAACCAGAUUAAAAUAAGAACGAGCGUAACUCACUGUUAUAUUGAUAAGGCAUGAGUGGUUUUCAUCAUGUUAGUUUGCAGUAAA